UGUGUUUCUUGUGUUGUAAAGGAACUGGUGUGCAUUCGUGGCAACAAAGACAGUGAGCUGUGUGGUGGAAGAUGGCGCUGAGACUUACGUGAAGCCGGAUUAUCAUCCCUGCAGCUGGGGGGGAGGACAGUGCAACCGUGUGGUGGUCUAUCGCACUUACAUGAGGCCGCGCUACAAGGUGGCAUACAAAAUGGUGACGGACAUGGAGUGGCGUUGUUGCCAUGGAUACAGUGGAGACAACUGUAACAAUGGUCCGACCGAGGUCUCCACCACCAGACAUCAACCUGGAGAGAGAGGUGGGGUGACCCCUGGACAUGAUGGAGGGGGAUACUUGGACACAAGCUCUGCAUCUGGACAGCCUGGAGGACGCAGUGGACAACAGGACAGUGAGAAGAUGAGGCAGUUGGAGGAAAAGAUCAAGAGCCUGACAAAGAAUCUGCAGGACCUUCAGUCCACCAUGACCCGACACGUCCAGCAGGAGGCCAGCAAACCGGACUCGACUUCCACUGGAGGAUCUUCAGGUGCUAGGAACCCAGCAGAUGCAGCUCAGCCUGAGAUUGAAGAGACCAUUCACAGCAUCCAAACAAAACUGGAUCAGCUGGAUAAUCGCACUCAGGCCCAUGAUAAAACUCUGGUUAGCAUCAACAACCACCUGGUGAACGGGAAAGGUAAUGAACUGGAUAGAGGCGUGUCUGAAGGAGGACAGAGUGGAUCCAAGCUGAACUUGCUGAAGGAAGAGAUCCUGAGGGAAUUGGAGAGGAAAGUGUCGCUGUCCUGCUCUUCCUGUCAGGCUGGAGUGGAAGAUCUACGGCAGCAGCAGCAGGAGGACCGGGAGCGGAUCAGGGCUCUUGAGAAGCAGCUGAAUGCCAUGGACGCGCGGUACCAACAGAACCUCGAGCGGCUGCAGCAUGAAGUGCAGCACCUGCAGGGAUGCUGUGCUAACCUGAAGGACCUCCAAAAUCAUGUGAGCAAUGUUGAGCGCAAGAUCAGUGCAGCCUCUGAAGACUUUCAUGCUCAGCUCCACCGCUUUGAAAAAGAGCUCAGCACAUCGAGUGGCAGCGGCGGCCCCAGCAGGGGCUCCUCCGGGGCAGGUUCUGUUGCUGGGGCUGGGCAGGGCAGUGUGCUGUUGGAAGGAGGGCUGAACAAUCGGCUGAAGGACCUGGAGCAACGCAUCAACAGCAGCGUGCACCAAACAGAGCAGGGCUUUUCUCAUCUGGAGAAAGACUUGAAAAACUAUUUCCACAGGGAACUUGGAGACCUGAAGAGGACUGUUCUCCAUCAGUCUAACAUGCAAGUUUUAGUAGUGACAGAUAUGGAGAAAAGGCUGGACAACCAUGACGACAGGCUCUUAGACCUGGAGACGAGCACCUCGCUCAUUACCCAAAAGAUGGGGGAGUGUGGCUGUGGUGGAUCUGAAGGAGGAACAGGAGAAGACAGCCGGAAGGAUGGAGAGAACCGUCUGCAAGAAGGAAAUCCCGGAGAGUCUCCAGUGGGGAGAGGAGCUGGAGUUAGUGGAACUGUAGAUGUGACUGAAGGGCGAGGAGGAUCUUCUGGAACAGGGGGGGGGAGGGCAAACACAACAGUGAAGUCUCUUGAGUGGAGAGUAGUUGGGAAUGAGAAUCGGAUUCGCCAUUUCAGCACUCGACUCAAAGACCUGUCAGUGUCAGGAGAUUCUCUGCACAGCAAGGUUUUGAACCUAAGCCACGAUGUCCAUAUGAUCAAGUCUUUGACCGGAGAGCGCGGGGAGCACUUUAACCGAAUCCUGUCAGAGGUGGAGCAGCUGGGCCAAGGUUGUGAGGUGUGUGCACAGGUGCAUGAUGAGCUAAAGAAGAUGAAGAACCAUUCCCAGGAUGCACUGAGAAGGAUGCAGAACCAAAUCCUCAUCAUCCAGACCAGUCUGAACUCACAGGGAGGGGGCUGCUCCCAGAUCUGCUCACUGCUUCAAGAGGAAAUCUAUCUGAUUCGGAAAGACGUCCAGAAGUGCAUGAGCCAAUGCGGCCCGAGCCCGGACACCUUCACAGCAGGUGGCGGUUCUGGAAGCAGCAGCAGUGGUAGCAGUGGAUCUAACCCCGGGCUGGAUGCAGGAAGACCUUUAGACGGUCACAGUGUGAUCGGAGGAUCCGCCAGCAGUAACCAGCUGAAGACGCUGCAGGGUCAACUGUCCAAAGUCAUUCUCACCUUUAGCUCCAUGAACGACACCCUCCAGGGCCUGGAGCACACCGUGCACAAACACGGCAGUGUCAUCACAGACCUGGGAAACACCAAAGACAAGAUCAUCUCGGAGUUGGACAAAAUCCAGCAGGAGCUCACGGAGCACACGGAGGACAGCCGAGACCACCUGGACAGGACGGAGCAGCGUCUCCGGCAGUUGGAGAGGAUACUGCUGGUGGACACCGCAGACUGCAGGAAAUCUGAGGACAUGCUGGAGAAAAGGCUGUCAAAGCUGGAGGGAGUGUGUGGAAGACUGGAUGGUGUUUCCGACUCCAUCCACAAGAUCACAGAAGGGCUCAACCAGCACGUGGCCAGUUUAUGGAGCUUUGUUUCUACUCUGAACGAGUCUAUCAUCCAUCAUGGAGGAACACUGGACUUCCUUCAGAAGAGCCAGGACGAUGUCCACAGCCGACUGAAGAACCUGAACUCUACAAUGACCGUGACCUUUGGAGACCUGAAGAGGUUUGGUGUGACUGGCCCACCUGGACCUCCUGGAGAGAGAGGCUUCAAUGGGCUACCAGGCCCCGAAGGUCCCCCUGGGCCUCCAGGACUACAGGGAGACAGUGGCCCCAGAGGUUUGCCUGGUACUCCAGGCGUGGAUGCUCAUAACCCCCGGCUGGCGUUCUCUGCUGCUCUGACAUUCCCCAUGGACAGAGCGGGAACCAUCAUCUUUGACAAAGUCUUCGUCAAUGAAGGAGGCUUCUACAAUUCCAGAACAGGUGUUUUCACUGCUCCCAUGGAUGGACAUUACUUUUUCAGUGCCGUGCUCAUGGGUCACAAAAAUGAAAAGAUUGAGGCGGUCCUUUCUAAGUCCAACUAUGGCGUGGCCCGGGUGGACUCUGGAGGGUAUCAGCCUGAAGGCCUGGAGAACAACCCAGUAGCGGAAGCCAACACCACGCCUGGCUCCCUGGCUGUUUUCAGCAUCAUCUUGCCCCUGCAGACACAGGACACGGUCUGCGUGGACUUGGUGAUGGGGAAGCUGGCACACUCUGUGGAGCCCCUCACCAUCUUUAGCGGCACACUGCUGUAUGAAGACAUGUGAGCCCCAGAUACCAUCAACGGCUUCCUCCAAAGAGUUCAGCCCUUAAACCUGAUUUACUGUCAGACUGCACUCAUUUCAAUCAGCUGAUCAGAUGUGAUCACGUGAUCCAGAAUCAAAUAUUCCCUGAAAGAGGAUUGGUUGGUUGGUUGCUUCUGCUUCAGAUCUUUGCAAUAGUUCUCACUCACCAGCACCCUCUAGAGGCUGUGGAAAUCCUCAUAAAAGACAUUCCAGUAAUUUAUUGAUAAUUGGACACCAGUACUUUCAAGAUGAAAUCUAGUCGUCCUGAAGAUGGCACUGCAGAAUUUACACCUGAAAAGAUUUUACUUUGUGGACUAAAAUUGAAAUCUGGAUGUGAAGUGACUGACAUGCAGCAUGUCAUGUGCCAUAGAAGCUUGACGUUUAUGACAGAAGUCUUUUGAUGUUGGGAUGAGACCCGAGCACAGUCACAGCUCGGGGGCAGGGGGGGUGUCUUCGUCUGAUCAGCUCAGGGUUGGAGCUGCUGCUGACCAUCAUACAGCACUUCUCAGACAUGCCCACCCCCUGUAAGUGUUUGCACUCACCCCUCUGAGACUAUCCAGACUCUGAAGGAUGAGCAAAGUUGAAGCUGGUUUUUUUUUUCCUGAUUUCCUCUCUAUAUGUAACUCCUAAAUUGCUUUUUGUGGUUACAGUGUUUACAAAUUUUAUUUUUUUCAGUGACCCUUUCGGUUCGUCACAUAAACUUUGACAACUCAAAACCCUUGUAUGAAAGUUUUGCUUCCAAAACUGAGCUGUACCCACCCCCUCCGGGAGUGGAGAUACAGCUCAGCACCGCUCCGGCUCUGGCCCGUCAGCUACCCCCUUCCUCUCUUCAUGCCCCUGCAUGGAGAAAUGGUAUCAGCUGACUCAGAAGAGGACUAAUACAACCCUGACAUCAUCUGAAGCUGGUGUUUAUUAUGGAUGAAACCGGCCUCUCACACUUAUUUGAUGAAGGAGGAAGAACGCGCUCCUACUGAAUUAAACAAACAACUCCAUGUUGAGCAAUACUCCAAUCUUCUCAAAUAAAAGUUUUACAAAGCAUGAUCAGAAGUGUACGGAUCAGUAAUGGACAUUUUUGGCCACUGGGGUGGGGGGUGAGAUGGGGACAGGCGUUGUCUCUAUUUGCGGAUUCAGUGUAUUUGUAGAUGUCUUUGUCCCUAACCCCCACGAAUAACGGUGGAAUUCUGUAUAUCACUUCUUUUAAACGUAUUCGAUUAUUACUAAACCACUAUGCCUGGCAUUUUUCUGCUGGCGUGCAUGGGGGGCUUUUCCUGGUGGACUGACAGGUGUCUUGUUAGCUAUGCAAUUCUUCUGUCAUCAGAUUGACUUUUGUUUUUCUGCUCAGAAACACCAGAUAAAGAUAAAGUUGACUUGUUCUUCAACAGGUAUUCUGUCAUUUAGGAAAGGAAUUCAUGUCAAUGAAGGCUCUCGUUCAUGGAUAUGUAGACUGAGCUGGAAAGAAUUAAAGAACCUGCUGCUGUGCUUUGCGGAA